AUGGCUGAGACGGAUGAAAAUGGCUCGCUGGACUGGAAAAUCCUAUCUGCAACGACUACUCCGCGGAAAUUCGCGGCAUCUUCAGGGCAUCGCUUCAGUCCACUUACGAUCCCUCAAGAGGGGCUUCUCAAAUCGCAGAGCACCUACGGCUUCCAUGAGAUCCACGAAAUUCUCGCCAAGAUCAUGCUCAACUUCUCAGAGCACGGCGGUCCUGUGCUCGACGAGCAUCGAGAGGAUGGCUCUGAAGCCAGGGACAACUUUCCAGAUCUCCAUAUACCAGUUUGUGAUUUUUGGACGGACGGGAGACAAGCCACCAAGCGCUGA